GUUCAGUCCAGUCAUUUCUUCCAGGUGUGCCUUGUUGGUGGCAUACAAAGAGGGCCUAAAACAAUUGGCCUCCCUCUUUUGAGUACCAGCCCGUAAACACGGAACACCUUGCUCUCAUUAGUGAGGGUGGCCUGCGGGCCCACCACGUUUGAACACCGCUCUGCAAAACGCCAGAAUGAAGCGACGAGAAGCAGCCCUUUGCAAGCAGCAGUCCACACCUUGCCUGGGAAGAGAGAUACCACGGCUCUUCCCAAGAAUGUCAAUGAGCGAGAUGGACGAGAAGGUCCGUCUGUUGGCAGAGAAGGUCUACGCCUCUGCCCUGAAGGAGGAGGAUACCAAAGAUGCGAUGGCUUUGUUCACCGUGCCCGAAGACUGUCCCAUCGGCCUACUAGAGGACAGGGAGCGCGCCCUGCAGAAAGAGCUGGCCGAGCAGCAAUCCAAGGAGACGGUGAAAAGGAAGAAGAAUUUUAUGAUGAAGCGUUCCCAGUCGCUGUGCUUGCAGAUUCCCACCAGCGACAGGAGCCUUCCAGCCUAUUCACCCUUGCUCUCCCCGACCACACCUGAGCCUGUUUUUUCAGAGAGCUUUCCCGACUUCCAGAGAGUUACCAUCAGUGGAGACUACUGUGCAGGGAUCACAGUUGAGGAUUAUGAACAAGCAGCCAAGAGCCUCCUAAAAGCUCUUUUCAUCAGAGAGAAGUACUCGCGGCUGGCCUACCACCGCUUUCCCAGGACCAUUGCCUGCUUCCUCCGCAACACUGAGGGGGCCAAGUGGCGAGAAGAGGAUGAGGUCCUUCCAGACAUCUGGCCUUUCCCUCAUGAGGGCGAAGACCCAUAUUCAAUGGAAGGCCUUCCCGAGAACCUCAACUAUGAGCUGCAGAUGAAGGAUGGCAUUGUUCAUGUUUACGACAAUGCAGAGGACCUUAAACAACAGCAGCCUCACAGACUCCCUUACCCGGACUUGGAGACCUUUGCCAUCGACCUGAGCCAUGUCUUGGCCAUGAUUGCUGAUGGCCCAACGAAGACCUACUGUCAUAGACGUUUGAACUUCUUGGCCUCCAAGUUCUACCUUCAUGAAAUGUUAAAUGAAAUGGCCGAGCUGAAGGAGCUGAAGCGUGUUCCACACAGAGACUUCUACAAUGUCAGAAAGGUGGACACACACAUACACGCUGCCGCCUGCAUGAACCAGAAGCACUUGUUGAAGUUCAUCAAGACCACUUCCCAGACUGAGAAGGACCGAGUGGUCCUGGAGAAGGGCGGCCAGAAGAUGACACUGAAGCAAGUCUUCAACCACCUCCACAUGGACCCCUAUGACCUCACAGUGGACUCGCUGGACGUGCACGCUGGCAGGCAAACGUUUCACCGCUUUGACAAGUUCAACUCCAAGUACAACCCUGUAGGAGCAAGCGAACUGCGGGAGAUUUACCUGAAAUCCGACAACUACAUCGGAGGAGACUACUUUGCUCGGCUCAUCAAGGAAGUAGCCAAAGACCUGGAGGAGAGCAAGUACCAACACGCUGAGCCUCGGCUGUCAAUUUACGGACGCUCCACCAGCGAGUGGGAAAGACUCGCCAGCUGGUUCAUCCAGCACAAAGUUCACUCCCCCAACAUGAGAUGGAUGAUCCAGAUCCCACGAAUCUAUGACAUUUUCAAGUCAAAGAAGUUGAUACCACACUUUGCCAAGAUGCUGCAGAACAUUUUCCUACCAAUUUUUGAGGCCACAGUCAACCCACAGAAACACCCCGCACUUCAUGUUUUUUUAAAAUACGUGACAGGAUUUGACAGCGUGGAUGACGAGUCCAAACACAGCGACCACUUAUUCUCUUACAAGAGUCCAAAGCCUGAGUCAUGGACCGCAGACGACAACCCUCCGUACACCUACUACUUGUUCUACAUGUACGCCAACAUCAUGGUGCUCAACAACCUGCGCAAAGAGCGUGGACUGAACACCUUCCAGUUCCGCCCUCACUGUGGCGAGGCCGGCUCCAUCACUCACCUGGUCUCUGCCUUCCUAACAGCAGACAACAUCUCCCACGGCCUCAACCUCAAAAAGAGUCCAGUGCUGCAGUACCUCUACUACCUGGCCCAGGUCCCUAUCGCCAUGUCGCCACUGAGCAACAACAGCCUGUUCCUGCAGUAUUCCAAAAACCCACUGAGGGAGUUCCUUCAGAAAGGUCUGUGUGUGUCGCUGUCCACUGACGACCCCAUGCAGUUCCACUACACCAAGGAAGCCUUGAUGGAGGAGUACGCCAUCGCAGCUCAGCUGUGGAAACUCAGCACCUGUGAUUUGUGUGAGAUCGCCAGAAACAGCGUGCUGCAGAGCGGCCUGUCCCACCAGGAGAAGCAACACUUCCUGGGCUCCAACUACCUGCAGGACGGCCCCGAGGGCAACGACAUUCGACGCACAAACGUGGCACAAAUCCGCUUGGCCUAUCGGCACGAGACGCUGUGCAACGAGCUCAGUUUUUUAGUGGACGCCGUUAAAGCGGACGCCAUCAGUCCAGCAGAGUGACAGGAUUCAGCAACACAUUGUUUUCUAGUUCUUUUCAUAUUUUCUUACGGAUCUUGUUCCUUCUCGUCUGGGGUGGGUUGCAUAUCCCGUGAAUGGAAUUGUUGGCACUACCUUUCAAUGAAGUGGACAUGGAUUUUCUAUUUUAUACUUGAGCACGAAUGUCAGCACAAUGUGUCCAUCUGGAUUGUAUUUACGAGUGUUCAAAUAAACACGAAGCUUUC